GGCGUGCAAGAGGGAGGGCCGGCGUGAGGGCGGGUUGUGGACUGGCGCCGGGACCUACUCGAGCGACGCGGGGAGAGCUGCGGUCCCGACGCGGGUGGAGCAGCCGGCGAGCAGGGAGAAGAUGAGCCUUAAGUCUGAACGCCGAGGAAUUCAUGUGGAUCAGUCAGAGCUCCUAUGCAAGAAAGGAUGUGGUUACUACGGCAACCCUGCUUGGCAGGGUUUCUGCUCCAAGUGCUGGAGGGAGGAGUACCACAAAGCCAGGCAGAAGCAGAUUCAGGAGGAUUGGGAACUGGCAGAGCGACUACAGCGGGAGGAGGAAGAGGCCUUUGCCAGCAGUCAGAGCAGCCAAGGAGCCCAAUCCCUCACAUUUUCCAAGUUUGAGGAAAAGAAGACCAAUGAGAAGACCCGCAAAGUUACCACAGUGAAGAAAUUCUUCAGCGCUUCUUCCAGGGUUGGAUCAAAGAAGGCAGAAAUUCAGGAAGCAAAAGCUCCCAGUCCUUCCAUAAACCGGCAAACCAGCAUUGAAACGGACAGAGUGUCUAAAGAGUUCAUAGAGUUUCUCAAGACCUUCCACAAGACAGGCCAAGAAAUCUAUAAGCAGACCAAGAUGUUUUUGGAAUCAAUGCAUUACAAAAGGGAUUUAAGCAUUGAGGAACAGUCAGAGUGUACUCAGGAUUUUUACCAGACUGUGGCUGAGAGGAUGCAGACCCGUGGGAAAGUGCCUCCAGAAAGAGUUGAGAAAAUAAUGGACCAGAUCGAAAAGUACAUCAUGACUCGGCUUUAUAAAUAUGUGUUCUGUCCAGAAACUACUGAUGAUGAGAAGAAAGAUCUCGCCAUUCAGAAGAGGAUCAGAGCCCUGCACUGGGUUACACCUCAGAUGCUUUGUGUCCCUGUUAAUGAAGAAAUUCCAGAGGUGUCUGAUAUGGUGGUGAAAGCAAUUACAGACAUCAUUGAAAUGGAUUCAAAGCGUGUGCCCCGGGAUAAGCUGGCCUGUAUCACCAAGUGCAGCAAGCACAUCUUCAAUGCCAUCAAGGUCACCAAGAACGAGCCCGCUUCAGCCGACGACUUCUUGCCCACUCUCAUCUACAUUGUUUUGAAGGGCAACCCCCCGCGCCUUCAGUCCAAUAUCCAGUAUAUCACCCGCUUCUGCAACCCAAGCCGGUUGAUGACUGGAGAGGAUGGCUACUAUUUCACCAACCUGUGCUGUGCUGUGGCUUUCAUUGAGAAAUUAGAUGCUCAGUCUUUGAAUUUAAGUCAGGAAGAUUUCGAUCGAUACAUGUCUGGCCAGACUUCUCCCAGGAAGCAAGAAUCAGAGAACUGGUCUCCUGAUGCUUGCUUGGGUGUUAAGCAGAUGUAUAAGAAUUUGGAUCUCCUGUCUCAAUUGAAUGAACGACAGGAAAGGAUUAUGAACGAAGCCAAGAAGCUUGAGAAAGACCUAAUAGAUUGGACAGAUGGAAUCGCAAAAGAGGUUCAAGACAUUGUUGAGAAAUAUCCACUUGAAAUUAAGCCCCCAAAUCAGUCGUUAGCAGCUAUUGACUCUGAAAAUGUUGAAAAUGAUAAACUUCCUCCACCGCUGCAACCUCAAGUUUAUGCAGGAUGAUAAAAAAUUGACGUAGAUAGUAUUUAUUUGAGCCUAAAUUGUAGCCAGCCCUUAUUGCCACAGUCCACCAAUUGGGAUCUAGAGUAUAACUUAAUUGCUUAUAAAUACCAGAGCAUUUUUAAAGGUACAGUUUAUGGGGAUUGUUUUGUUCAUUUUGUUUUUGUUUUUCCUGUCAGGGGAGGCUUAGGAAAUAAUAAAGUACUAUUUAUUUGGGUUACUGAAAUAGAUUCAUUUAAGGCUUGUGUGAAAAUUUUGUCUAUAAAUCUAUUUUUUCUCCAUGAUUUUCCUAUGUGCUUCCUCUGUGGCAUUCACUGUGUUUUGGAUUUGGUUAAAUAAUUGCCUUUUGAAGGAUAAAACAAAUGAAUGCUACAAAAAUGUAUGUUUAAGGAAAUUCAAUGGUACCACUGUUCUACAGUUUGAAAUAAUUUUAUAAUUGUAAAGAUAGAAGAUAUAUUAAUAAGUAAAUAUGUAAAAUUGUAAAUAUGUAAAAAAAAAAAAAGGAAUGGUGUCUGCUGUGCAUGGCAAUUCAUGUGUUAAUUUUUUUAGUUUAAAAUGAAGUAUAUAGAGGGAGUUCCCUGGUUGUCUAGUGGUUAGGAUUUGAUGCUUUCACCACUGCAGCCCAGGUUCAAUCCCUGGUCUGGGAACUGAGAUUCCACAUCAAGUUGCUUCACGCUGCAGCCAAAAACAAGAAGUAUAUUGAAUGUUUGCCUUUAACACCAUUUUACUUGGUUUGCCCCAGAAAAUGAAUCUGGCAGUGUUUAGACAUGCUCCCCCUAAAAUGCUGCAUCUGUCUCUAAUGUGUGAUAACCCUACCUUUGAGACCCGUCCUGUGUAGUCAGAGAGCGUGACACUAUUGAGGUUCAGGAUACCUUUUAGAAAUGACUGAACCUUGCUUCUGGCACUGCUCCCCUCCUUUGAUUCAGCGGGUCCUCACUGAGCCCUUUGUAAGGGAGCCGGCCCAGGGUCUGGGUCCGAGGAUGAGCAAUGGACGGGUCCCUGCUGGUGGGAGCUGAUGGGGGAUCCCUUAGAGCUUUGAAGUGCAGGCAAUGCCUUUCCGCCUCCAUGGGGUACCUCUGACUUUAUGAACAACCGGACACCCUUCAUGUCAACCUCUUUCAGGGUGUCUCAGCCUCAGUACUGUUGACCUUUGGGGCCCGAGGACGUUUUCGUGGCGGGCGCUG